CUACCCAGCGGGCGAAGGUGCGGACUACAGCUCCCGGCGUGCAGCGCGGCCGGCUCCGGCUGAGGAAACCUGAAGCGUUAGAGAGGCCAUGAGCGGCGUCGGGGGCUCGGAGCGGUCGGAGGAGCAGCCGGAGGAGCGGCAGCACGUUGUCCCCCCGAUUCCAGCUGUGGGGCAGGAAGAUGUCCUGCAGGAGCUGGUGCUUGGAGUGGGGCAGCCCCCAGACUCUGGGAUCAGCGAGGAGCAGCGCCAGGCCCGGGAGGAAUGGGAGGCUCUGGAAGAGAUCCAGUCAGGGUUGGGGGGCACCUCAAGCACGGUCUUCCCUCCGAUUUCCUUCACUGAGGCACUGCAGCACUUCCAGAGUGCCGAGCUCUCCGAGAGCCGGGGCAAGGUCCAGGUGCCAGGGCGUCGGGGAAUCCUGGCUGCCCUGCUCCGCUGCCUCUGCUUGGCCCCCCGGCUCCGGCCGCAGCUCUGGAGAGAGCAGGAGCUGGCACUGGCCAUGGCACAGUGUGCCCUGGAUGACUCAGAGUGGGUGCACAUGCGGAUCCUGCAGACCAUCUACCAGCAGCUGACACGCUCCAGGCUGGGCUGCCCGCGCUACGGAGCACACUGGGAGGAGCUGGGCUUCCAGGGUGUGGAUCCUGGGACUGACCUGCGUGGGACAGGAAUGCUGGGGCUGAUGCAGAUCCUGUUCUUUGUCCUGGAUUCUCGGACGCUGCCACUGGCACGAGAGAUUUUCCGGCUCUCCCAGCAUGAAACCCAGAAUUUUCCCUUCUGCAUCAUGUCUGUGAACAUCACCCGGAUUGUCAUCCAGGCGCUGCAGGAGGAGCGGCUCUGCCGGGAGUGCAACCGGCGGCAGCAGGUGAUCGGGGUGCUGAAUGACCUGUACGCCGCUGCCUUCCUGCGGCUCUCCCGCCUCUGGAAGCGGCAGCACGGGACCAUCGCUGACGCUGGCUUCUUCCUCAAGGAGCUGGAAUUAUCCGCCAAAAAGAAGCCGAGGCAGCUGCUGAAAUCCCUGGAAGCCUACCUGAGCCGUGGCCUUCAGCCUCCCUCCUCUCCCUCCUCCCAGAUCCACUUCACCAGCAUUUGUGACCCUGGAGUGGAGCUGGAGGGAGAUUCCUAACUUACCUGACACGGGGUGGGAUGCUGCCUAGGGAAUUCUGGUGGAUCAGCCCUUGGAGGGAGACACACUGGUGUUCCCCCUGGUUUGGGGGCUCAGGAAGGGCUGGGAGAAGUCACAAAGCCAGGAUUUUGCCUGCUCCAGCUGGAACUCUCUGGGAGCAAAGGAAGAAGAGGUAGUGGAGCAGGGGAUUCCAUGAGCCACCCAGUCUGGCACUGGGAUAGUCCCUCUCUCCAUCCCAAAUCCAGGGUCCUACCUGGGUUCUUAGCCUUCCCAGGUGGAGCUGAAAGGUGGUGCUGGGUUCCUGGAUCCCAUCCCAGCCACGCCUGGAAUGGGUAACCCCCCCACUUUGGGCUGUGGCAGGCCCCCCAGGGCCACUGUGGGGUGUCAGCACCCAAAAAAGUUAUUAAAGGGGGAGACGAGGGGUCUGGUGGAAAAGAGUUUUGGAUUUGACACUGGACUUUGUAUCUGGGGGAAGGCAAACUGGGGGUGCCCAGAGUCCACUUUGGAGUGAAAAAGGUGCUGUGGAGGAGAGAAAUGAGGGUUGAGAGCUCCAAGGAGGAGGGGAAGCUGCUCCUCUGGGAGUAGUUCAGGGAUAGUGCUUGGGAAUGGCCUCUAAAAAUGGAGAAAAGCAGUCCCCAAAGCCCAAAUCUGGAGAGAAAUGAGGGGUUUGGAGGAGAGGAGUGAGAGCCUGGGGGAGAAUGGAGCAUUUUGGCCCCAGCCCCCCUGAGAGGGAAGUGAUUCCUGGGGGCUAGGAAUGCUCCUGGAUGGGAAAAAAAAAAAAAUAAAUGGAGAAAGAGGAGCCUGGAGUUGGGGUUU